CGGUAGGAUCGAACAACUUGUUUCUGCUCUUUCACAUCGACAAGUUCACCCAGAAAUCUCAAAUGCUCUGCAGAGCUUGACAGAGCUUCAGAUGGGCAUUGUGAGAGCGUUUUGACAUCCAACACCAACGUCGUCUAGACCCCAGAAGCAGCCAGGAUUGGAAACAGGAGCGGCGCCUGGGGCCCUAGCCGCCACAGCUUCCACCCAUGGACUUCACCAUCCUCAAAGACGAUGGCUACGGCAAGAACCGAAGAGAGGGCUCGACGUCCUUUGAUGCGAUUCUAGGAGCUUUCAUCCCGACUUUCGUCAUCUCUGUCAUCUACCUGAUCAUCUUCACAUUCAUCCGAAACUACUUCAGGAAGACUUUCGCGCCACGAACGUACUUGGGAACCAUUCCGGAGAAAGACCGCACGCCAGCUUCUCAUGCAGAUGGCAAGUCAUGGCUUCACGACUUUCGUCGGCUUACGGACAAAUUCGUCUUGAAGCACAAUUCGCUUGAUGCGUACUUGUUUCUGCGAUUCCUGAAGUUCAUCAUCGUGGUCUGUGUUGCAGGAUCAUGUUUGACAUGGCCGAUUUUGUUCCCGAUCAACGCCACUGGAGGAGGGAAUGCGAGUCAACUGGAUCGGAUCAGCUUCAGUAACAUUGCGAAGAACUCACACCUUUGGGCACACACGGUUGUGGCAUGGACCCUGUUCAUCGGGAUUUUUCUGGCAAUUAUCUACGAAAGACUGAGACUCAUUGGAAUCAGGCAGGCAGCCUACCUGAAUGAACCUUACUCUUCAAGGCUGUCAGCAAAGACAGUGCUAUUCCUGAAUGUUCCACAGGACGCACUUUUGCAGGAAAAUUUAAACGAAUACUUUGGCGAGGAAGCUAAGCACUCUUGGCCUGUCAAAGACACUGGAGAUCUGCCAAAAUUGAUCGAAGAACGAAGUGCUGCUGUAGAGGAGUUGGAAAGCGCGCAGUACGACUUCAUUCUGAAGAACACGAAAGCUCAGAAGAGCGGUGCCAGGACUGCGCCACAGUCCGAUUCAUCUGUGGAGAAUGGAAACGGCCACUCUCAGAUGAAGCAUCGCCCGACUACCAGAAAACCAUUGGUGGUCGGCCAGAAGGUCGAUCGUAUUGAGUCCGCGAGGGAGAAGCUGCUUCACCUCGAAGGACGCAUCAAGGCCGUUCGUGCUGCGCCGAGCAGGAAUAUUCCUGGCGAGGGUGCGGUCUUCGUAUCAUUCGCCAGCCAAGAGGCAGCACAUCGAGCAUUCCAGCAAAUCCGCUUUCACAAGCAGUUGCCAAUUCAAGACCGUUACCUGGCUGUGCAGCCGAAAGAGGUUCUGUGGCAGAAUGUGCAACUGCCAGUCGCCAACCGCCUCAGCAAAGCAUCUCUCGGUCUGGUGUUCGUAAUUGUAUUCACCAUCUUCUUUGCCAUUCCAAUUGGUCUUGUGGGAACACUCAGCAACGUCAGAGAGCUUGCUGACAAGGUCAAAUUCUUGAACUUUCUCAAUGACUUGCCAGACUGGAUUCUGGGACUCCUGGUCGGUUUCAUUCCUCCUGCUGUGGUCAGUUGGUUUGUAUCCUACGUUCCGAAGCUGUUCAGACACAUCGCCAAGCUAUCUGGCGAGCCCACUAUACCACAGGCAGAGCUGAAGACUCAGGCUUGGUUCAUGGUGUUCCAGGUGGUCCAGGUUUUCUUGGUGACUACAUUCUCCUCAGGUGCUGCGGCAGUCGCGACCAAGAUCGCAAAGGAUCCACGAUCAGCGCCUGACCUGCUUGCCUCAAGUCUUCCAAAAGCGUCCAACUUCUAUUUGACGUACUUCAUCCUGCAAGGCACCACAAGUGCCGCGAGCAACCUGCUGGAUUACUCCGAACUUCUCGAGUACCUAUUCUAUGAGUACGUCUGGAACAAGACGCCACGAGAGAAGUUUCAGACUUAUGCUCAGAUGCGCGGCACACCUUGGGCGGCCUGGCUUCCCAAAUUUACCAAUUUCUUGAUCAUUGCAACGGCUUAUGCGUGCAUACAACCUCUUAUCAUUGGGUUUGCAGCAAUCGGCGUAGCACUGUUCUACUUCAGCUACAAGUACAAUUUGCUCUACGUGAGACAGACCAAGAUUGAUACGAAGGGCGAGGCAUACAAACGAGCUCUGCAGCAGAUGCCAACAGGUAUAUAUCUGGCUGAAUUGUCCUUGAUCGGUCUCUUUGGUGCUAGAAAAGCUAGCGUUCAGACUGCAUUAAUGGUCGUGCUACUCGUCAUCACAGCUGUGGCAAAUCUGGCUCUCGACAGAGCACUUCGGCCUCUGGAGCUAUACCUGGGCGUGGACAAGUGGCAGGAGAUGGAAGUCCCACUUCUAGCAGAAGAAGACGGCAUUGAUCCCAAUGACGAGGCUGCAUUGCAUGCUGCAUCGCACGGUCGCCGCCUCGGGCUCAAUAAAUUGCCGGGUCCUUUGCCCAGGUGGUUGAGCGACUUCUUCGAUUCGAUUGUCGCAUCAUCUCGAGAGCAAAUGCGUUCCUGGCUUCGAGAAGAUGAUGGGACAGAAGGCGAGUCAUACGCAUUGAGUGACGAGGAUACCCAGAAGGCCUAUACCGACCCUGCUUUCACGUCCAAGACACCGAAGCUCUGGAUCCCGAGUGACAAGUAUGGUAUCUCGAAGCAAGAGAUCGAGCAUAACGAGAAAGAGGGAAUUACGACGACGAAUGAGGCUGCAGAGAUCGAUGAGGAUGGACGACUGCAUUGGGAUCACAAUUUCGAGAAUGUUCCGAUUCAUUCGAAGCCGAAAGUGAUAUAGUGUGAGGGGGGACUAUACGGCAGACAGGACGUGCUUUUAGAAAAGUUGUAUGAGUGUACGAUAGUAUUCGGAAUCGAUCCGGUCUCUGACAGGGUCACUGUAACACAAGUUGCAGCUGCCGGC